AAUAUCACAUUACUGGCUCAAAGCACCUGUCACUCUGUGCUGCUGAUAAAGUUGAGCACGUUUCGGCAUCUCCGCGAAGGGUUUUCGCGUCAAUGGCGUCCCCGUUCGCGCCUGGCGGGGCGGGGGAUGCCGGGACAGAUGAGCCUCCUAGAAUUGUAGAGCAGGAGCGCAGGGAGACACCCGGGAAGUGGACGGUCAUUGUGGGGGAGUACUCUGGGACGCCUCCGGCAGCACCCCCACCAGCGCCCCUGCCUCCCCCACCGAUCCACGCCUCUGGCGCUGUGGCGACGACAUCACCCCUGGGAUCAUCAGCGUUGGCAUCGGUCUUCGUGAUGGCGAACUGCACAGUGGGAGCCGGCGUGCUGUCGCUGCCGUUCGCAUUCCAGGCAACGGGUCUGGUGGGCGGUCUGCUGCUGUGCACAGUGGUCGCCGUGAUCGAGGGUCUGACCAUGUACGUGCUGUCCAAGUUCGCGGAGCGCUACCGCGCGCACUCUUACGUGGAGCUGGUGCGCCGCGCGCUGGGCCGCAAGCUGAGCCUGCUGCUGAGCGGCGUGCUGGUGGUGGCCAUGUUCGGAGCCUGCGUGGCGUACCUGAUCAUCCUGGGUGACAACCUGACCUCGCUGGCGGCCGCCGCCGGGCUGCCCGCGCUGGUCGCCAACCGGCAGCACAUUGUGGGCUUCCUGGGCCUGUGCGUGAUGCUGCCCAUGUGCCUGCCCAAGAACCUGGGCGCGCUGGCGGCCAUGAACCAGAUCGCGGUACUGGGCUUCCUGGUGGGCGCCGCAAUGGUGUCCUUCCGAGGCAUGCAGAUAGCGCUGCAGCGGCCGGACCUGAUGGCGGGGGUGCGGCUGUUCGAGAUGGACUACGACAGCCUGUUCGCCAUACCCAUCGUGGUGUUCGGCUUCAACUGCCACGCCAUGGUGGUGUCCAUAUUCCAGGAGCUGGAGCCGGCUCCGGGGCUGCUGCUGCCCGCGGUGCUGCCCUCCAGCCCCUCGGCGUUCCGGCGCUGGCGCUACCUGCCGCGGCCCGACAGCCGCAAGCUGGUGGGCAUGCUGGGAGUCAUCAUGUCCAGCACGAGCCUGGUUCUGCUGGCCUACGCCAUCGUGGGUAUCACCGGCUACCUGGCCUUCCCCGGAUACGUGUCGUCCAACAUACUCGUGUCCUUCCCACAGGACGACCCGCUGGUGCAGGUGGCUCGCGGCACCAUCAGCCUCAUCAUCCUGGGCUCCUACCCGCUCACGCACCACCCCGCCCGCGCCGGCUUCCAGCACCUGGUCAGGCCGCGCGCCGCCUCCGCCGCCGCCGUGACGGCGCCCUCACCUCUCAGCGAGCCGCUCCUGGAGGCGUCGCAAGACCCCUCCGUGGGCGUGUCGCCGUACGUGUCCAUUGGCUUCACGCUGGCGUUCGUGCUGGGCAGCACGGCCGUGGCGGAGGUGGUGACGGACCUGGGGUUCGUGCUGCACCUGCUGGGCGGCCUGUGCAUCACCUUCAUCAUCUUCUUCCUGCCGGGGCUGCUGCUCAUCAACGCCGCCAUCCUCAAGUACGCGCGCACGGUCCUUUCCGAGGUGGAGGGCGAGGCGGACGCCUACGCCGCGGCUGCGGCUGACUCCGACGGUCCCCGGGAGGGAGUGCUCAUCCGCAUGCCGUCGCUCAACGGGCGGGAGCUGACGCAGCCGCUGCUGACCAAGCUGCAGACGGCGCGGGAGAAGGGCAUCAAGAAGGGCCUCAUCUACGCGCCGCGUCUGUCGUGGCUGUUCGGGAUCACUCUGCUAGUCAUAAGUGUCCUGGUCGCGGGCGUCACGCUGACAACAGUCAUCCUGGGCGACUAAGCUGGAGCCGCCAGCCGCCAGCUCGAAAGGUGAUGCUGAGGAUGUUUUGCCGGUGCGAGUGUGGUGGCGUUGUGUGAGCUUUGUCGACGGCAAGGAGUUGGAGCAGCUCCAGCCAACGGGGUGCAUUGAGAGACAUGGCAUGGCAUAGACUCGGAAAAGUAAUGGGCCUUGCAGGAGCUAUUCAUUGGGGUUGAUGUUCGGACUCGCGUGCGGCUUUGGCGCUGUGGCAUUGAGCGGGGCUCGGCGGCUGGGAGGUCGGGUAAUGGGACACACGGCGUGGACACACGGCGUGCGGUACAUCAACAGUCUAGGUUGUUUCCAGUCACAUAUACAUGCAAGUGCACACAAUGACUGAUGAUCUGAUUUCUUUCUGACGACACCAAGACUGGUUGCAAUCUGUUUCAAGCCGGAGUCCACCGCUGUUCAGGUCUGAUACGUGUUCAGACUGGUCAACAUAAU